AACAUACUGUACGACAGCCGAGCUGAAAUAUGAAAUAUGGUUGUGUGGCACCAAAGUUGGGUGCCGGUCUGACACUUUUAACAUACUUCUACUAAAAGAGGUCAUGGAUCAUUGUAGGGGAUUUUGUGAACUCGAGAUUACGCAAUGACAUCAAACGACUAUUACGCCAACAUAAAAAACGCUGUCGAUUUAGCGAGUGGAGGGGAAGAGCGGGUAGAAGUGAACCAAAGAGCCCUGAUCGAUAAGAUAUUGGCUCGAUAUGCUUCGGCAGGUGCAGUCUAUCGGGAGCUGCUUCAAAAUUCCAACGAUGCCGAAGCGACCACGGCAGAAAUUUAUUUCACCACGAAUCGGGAAGGAAAAAAAAAUGUUGAUUUUGUAAAAACAGAGUCUUUGGAUAAGAAAAUCCCAUCGACCGUACAUCUUAAAAAUGCCGGCAAAGACAUAGUCUCUAACGUAACUUACAGAAACAACGGCUUGCUCUUUCGCUCUCAAGAUUGGUCCCGACUGAAAAAAAUUGCCGAAGGAAAUCCAGACGAAUCAAAAAUUGGGGCUUUUGGAGUUGGGGCCUAUACGAUGUUUUCGAUUUGUGAAGAGCCGAUGGUACUCAGUGGAAAUGCUGCCUUGGCUUUCUUUUGGAAGGGCGAUGCUUUAUGGACAAAAACAAUCAAGACCGCUGACCGUCCGAAGGAAGACCAGGCUUGGACUUCUUUUGUCUUGCCAUCACGAGAUCCUUAUCUUAUGCCCGAUCUGGUUGAUUUUGGGGAGUUCUUGUGCGCCUCAUUGACUUUCACGAAAUGCCUCCGCGAAAUACGAGUUUACGUCAACAGAGAACGCCGCCUUUCAAUAGUCAAGACUCCGUUGACAGAGCCGACAGUCGUGAACAUAGGCUCGAAGACCAGCAGCAACUGGUUCUCUUGGACUGCCAGCAACAGCAAAGGUGGUGUCACUACUGUGUCCCCCAAUGGUUUGUUUGCAUUAAGGGACGACCAAUCCCUAGAAGAAAAACUAUAUCACAUUCAAGUCGAAUUGGAUGGUAACGUUGCUGGCGUUACGGCCCGUUAUUUAUCGGCAGUAGCUAGGACGAACAUCCCUGCGGAAAUGAUUCAUCGGAUGGAGCGAGUGACGAAAAAGAAGCCUCCUUCAAAAGUUGACGUUCAAAUCUUUCUGAGCCACGACCAAACCAUCGAUGGUGACGACACGAAGCUAAGGAAAGACCGCGAUGUUCGCCGCAUCGCCAAAUCCUUCUCACCUAGAGUAGGCGAAGGACGAAUUUUCAUUGGUUUCCGUACUUCUCAAACAACUGGUUUGGCUGCCCAUUUGGCGGCUCCGUUUGUCCCAACAGUCGAACGAGAAUCCAUAGAUUUACAAGACCAAACUUUGCGAAUGUUCAACUCAGAACUACUUGACUUUGCAGGGAUAAUGAUGCGUCUGACCAUUGAGCACAGUAUGAUGGCACUUGGUAUAGAUUAUGAGAAGGGAGCUUCCGCACGAAGAGAAGUCGAGAUGAAACUAAUGAGAGAAGCACAGAAAAUUCAAAUUGAAAAUAAUAGAAAAAAUGAGAAAGAUGGCGAGACGAACCAUGGACAAAUUCUGUCAUUGAAUGACAGUUUUGUAAACGAUGAUCUUGCUAGUUCCAGCGGAACAAGCCAAGUAAGGACUACGAAAUCGUUAUUCGGUUUUGCAAAAUUCAUGGCGAAGGGAGUAAGAAAAACGAUUAAAAAAGUAGUCACUAAUGUCAGUGAUUUCGUCGAUGAAGCAGUGGGAGGUGAACUAAUCCAUCCACUAGAUCCAAGACCGCUGAGUACCGAGGAGCACCAGUGCAUUUUGCUUAUGCAAUCUUUUUGCCCACAACAAUCCACUCCUGACCCGUUGGUAGGGACAAUUUUGGCGCAAGGUUUCAGCCGUUGUAUCGAUCGCGCCCCACCGGUGCUGACUCGGUCAGGGGUGGUCCCGGGUGAUCAAGCACGACUUCCAAAUAAAGGCAUGGAAGCGUUCGUGGAAGAUGACGUUGUACGAUCGAUAAUUUAUCAGAAUGCAGAAGAAUAUCAUGAUGUCAUUGCACAAUGUGAAAAGUUGACUUUGGAUGAUUUGACUCUAAAGCUCUCUAAAGAUGUACUAGAGGAAAGCAAGUUAAUACGUCUGAUUAAAUGGUGGGUGAAGUUCAACAAGUUUCAGCCAUGCACAACCACGGUCCAGAGUUCGAGGCUGAAGGACAAAGUUCGAUUCAUGCUUGAGAAUGAGAACAAAUAUGAAAAAAGUGAUGUCUUGCCUGUGUAUUGGUUAAAAGACUUCUUGUUUUAUGUCGACAAGGAUAUAAUUCGUUGCGGAAAUGGACAUAAUAUUGAAGAUCUUCCUAUGCCAGACUGUGUAUUACCUCGACGAAUCCAAGGCGAAGUAACAGGUAGAAUUCUGUCGGACAAAUCCUUGAAUGCAUGGUUUACCCCUCUACCCGUCGAGCUCUGGAUUGAUUUCAUUUCUCAACACCCCUGUAUGACAUCGGGUGAACCAGAAUAUGAAGAAGUGAGACUUCGAGUCCUCUCAACUCUUUGUAACGAGUAUAGAAAUGUAAGUUUUGGUUUCAAGAUUACAACAAUCAAACUUUUUGAUCAAAAAUGAAUCAGAGUUUUAUUGUGAUAGUUGAGUUGCACAAUCUUUCAUCUCUUUGCACCAAAUUUAGAGCUGUAGUUGUUCAUCUACGCCAAACGAACAAGAUUUUCUCCAAGUUUUUUACUACUAUUUUUUUGUGACGCAGUGACUAACUCCCAUUAUUUGCUGCAAUCAUUCGUCACUUUAAAUUGCAUUGAUUGAUUUUACUUAAGCGAACAUCAAACCACCAAAAGUUAUUUGGUAAUUCUUGUCAAAAGGUUUUGAAAGACAAGCGAUGCAUCCCAAUUGAUUCUUCAGAACCUAUGAGGUAUUCUGCGGACUUGCCCUCUAAUUUAUACCUCUGUUCAGCGGAAUUGAAGAUGUUCGCAAACGUCGGCAACUUUCGCAAGGUGUCGACAAGUCUCCAACUUGCGGGAGUGAACGACGAAUUUCUAUUACUGCUUGGUGUACGCAAAUCUGUUUCGGUAGACUUUCUAUUUGAAAAUCUUCAUACUCUCAAAUACAUAGACGACCCCAAGCCCCUCGUGGAGUAUCUCCAAUCAGCUACAUUAAGCAAGACCGAUGUUAAAAAGCUAAAAGAUAGUCAAUACCUACCAGCAGAAAACGAUGCCAGCCGUAUGUUCGCUCCAGGUAAGAUAUCAUCAAAUCAUGUUUUGCCCACUGCUUUAUCGCAUUGACAUGUAGUAGACUUAAACUGUGUGCUUCCCGUCUUAAUUUCCGCAAUUUCCAUCCCAGCUGAACUGUACUUGCCUGAUCCAACAUUCAGAAUCUUUCCUUUUAUCCGAUUACUGCAAUGGCCUUCUGAGGACGAUAUAUCCGAGCGUUCAUUGAAUGGAAAAUUCCUUGUAUCUAUGGGAGUUAAACCUGUACCU